UUUCGUUGUACAGAGUUUGACACCAGUCUUAUCAGUUGCGUGCCUGGCUGUUUCUCUGCCGCCUGUUGAGAGUCAGUAGCUGUUGUAUCGCUUGCCACUACUCGAAUGCAAACUGAGUAACUUUAAGAUAGCUUCGUAACGAUACUGAACACUUUAGGAGUGAAACACAAACUGCUUUCUACUUGUUGCACGCCUCAAUGGACACUGCUCAGAAAAUGAUGUCCGGAUUUUCUCUGGACCUGGGACCCUUGAAAGAACCUCUUGGAUUUAUUCGUGUCUUAGAAUGGGUCUUCACCAUCUUUGCCUUUGCCACCACAGGAGGUUACUCUGGCACAACCCACUUGAAAGUCCCCUGCCCAGGCAAGGAUGCGCUGGAUGUAUCAGCUGUGUUUGGCUACCCGUUCAGGUUGCCGGCGUACCCAUAUAAGAUACCGACUUGUAACGGUAGUACAUCCAAUGAGACCUUCCUGCAGGGCGACUUCUCCUCCUCGGCAGAGUUCUUUGUGUGUGUCGGUGUGUUUGGGUUCCUUUAUUGCACCGCCACACUGAUCCUCUACCUGGGCUACCAGAAUGUCUACCGCCAGACCACCCGUGGUCCCAUUGUAGACCUGGUGGUGACUGCUGCUUUUGCCUUCCUGUGGCUUGUGUCCUCCUCUGCCUGGGGCAAAGGCCUGACUGAUGUCAAAUGGGCCACCAACCCAAACCACCUAGUGGAGAUAUGCAAGGACGUCUGUCAGCCAGGAGAGUUUCCUUCCAUGGGCCGCCUCAAUGCCUCUGUGAUAUUUGGCUUUUUGAACUUGAUCCUGUGGGCAGGUAACUGCUGGUUCAUUUACAAGGAGACUCCUUUCCACAAGGAUCCCCUCCCACCAGCCACCAUGGAGGAAGGAGGGGCCCCCGGGCCUUAGCCACAUCACUGACGGUCGUCAAGCAUAGCCCUGCGUCAACAGAGGAAACAUGCCCAACACUGGUCUCUGAUGUUAACCUGCAGAAAUGGAAACAAAAGAACGCUAAUUGUCCUAAAUACCCCCCUAUACCUCCCAACACCUAUCAGAGCUAUUUUUUUUAAGUUGCUCAUCUUCAACUAAAGUAGUCCCCAGUGUCUGACCAACCCCAUGCUCUUUUUUAUUGUUCUUUUCAAAAUCUGUCAUCACUGUAUGUAGGGCAGGGCGAUAAAGAGAAAAUCAAAAAUCACAAUAUUUUUGACCAAUUACCUCGAUACCGAUAUUUAGACUAUUGUAGGGUUGACUGAUGGUGCUUUCACAAAAUACCUACAAAAUAGAUUUUUGAUAAGUUAUCAUCAGUAAUGUGGAUGUUAUGACGUAUUGGGUAAAGGCAGAUAAUAGAACAGCUCGACCAGUCUGGUAAGUUCAGAGAAUAACAUUACUUUACCGUAAUGUAGCCUUUAAAACCAGGAAAUUACCAUGUUACAACAUACAAAAUCUUGAUAUAAUAUCAGUAUAUUGCCCAGUCCUGUAUGUAUUUGGUGUUGAGAUCAGCAGGCAUAUGAUGCAUUUGCUUCCACAUUAGCACAAUGUCCUCCCUUGAUGUCUCCCCUUCAGGGAGCCACCUAGUGAUGAAAUUGUGAUGUAAGAACCCAGAAUAUCUUCUGGUCUUUCACGAGGGAAAAGGUAAAUGAUUAACAGAAGGUGAAAGUAAACAGCCCUCAUUUCCAAUCAAAGCAGGUGUUCCCCUAAGAAACAAAAUUCAGAAGCAGACUUUUUAGGUGGGAGCAAAUGCACACCUGGGGUUCUCUCUGAUAAAGGCUUGCUCUUCUUCCAUGUAAUCUGGAAGAGAGAGUGUUACAGUACAGAUUCCAUACUGUAAUUCUAAACAUGUCAGUCACUGUAAUUUCAAUAGAUAAGUCAAUGCUUCUUUUCCUCCGGUCAAAGCAACAGCUGCUGUAUAAUGGGACUAGGGGAUAUGUCCUCUUCUCAAGUCACCAGACCAUCUAACUAUGAAAUACUUGGCAUGUCCUUCCCCCACCAAUGCUCUAAUCUACUGACAUGCACACACACACACUCAAAUAUACUUUAUAACCCCACACUUUGAUUUUCUUGAGCUUAAAAAUAAUAUACACUAAGUAAAAAGAUUCAACACUAAGUAUAAAUAAUACACACUAAUUAGAAUGAAUGCACACUGAGUAAAAAAAAAAAAAAUCACACUACAAUCUACUGCACUCCUCUGUCCCUCAAAUGGGGGAGCAGAGACUUUAAUUUUGAAAGUGUCCUUUUGGAUGAUGUUUCAGGUUGGUUGUGACAGUGUCUGUCACAGUCUUGUUUAUUUUCAGCCGGUAUUGAGAACACGGCAGGUUCUCUACAUGUUUACUCAGUGGAAGUGACUGAUUGAUGUCAGGCCAACCCAUGUUUAGUUCCUGUUUGAUUCAAAUGUUACAUUGACACUACUCUAUAACACUAAGACCCGUUCUUGUUUGAACUCUCUUUUGCAAAAGGUUAUUUAUAUACAGUUCAUAUGUAUUUUAUCUACAUUAAUUGGUCCAUUGCAUAUUUUAAAGAGCAAUGUUGGGUUGUCUGUUUGUUAAUUUGCCAAUGCAAAAAGUGUCAGUGUGCAGCUUCUCCUUAAUUUUUUUGUAAUGCUGUCAGAUUUGCUGUUAAAUUUGUUGUACCACUGAAUAGCUUUAGGCUUAAUCUUUUGAUGAUAAAUAGUUAAAGUAACAAAAGUGGCAAAUGUGGUUGCCAGGUUUAUGUAAUCUUACUGUAAUGACUCCUGCCCAUAGUUCUGCUCUACAUGUAACUUUACAGCCAAUGCCUUACAUUACAAGGUUUUGUAUUGAACUCCUACAGUGACUGUUGAUGACUCUUUGUCAACUCAUUGAUUAUUUGCAUUGCACUAAGAGAGAUCUAAUUAUCUCUAUGAAGUAACUGUUUUGAGUUAUUGGGCCAUCUGUGCAGCUGUUUUAUUUCACCGCCAUAGCCUCUGUAGGGAAUAAAUGAGGUUCUGUUUGAGUCACUAAAGUAAAGUAAUAUAUUUUCCACAACAUCUUGAAAUUAGACAUAUUUUUCACAGGAUGCUUUAUCAUUUUUAAAAGAUAAAUCUUUGUUUAAGUAGAGCAGAGUAAUAUGAGGAAUGUUUAUGUAAUGGAUUAUUGAAAUCUGACUUCAUGUAUUUUAUGCCUUGUUUGUGCAAAAGGAAACAAUGGUUUAUCUUUAUUGAUGUGUAAAACAUGAAUGCUCUAACUGCUGGA